AUGGAUGGCCGCGACUUCGUGCCGCCGCCGCCGCAUCUGCUGCCGGAGCGCGGGAGCCUGGGCCACCGCGGCGCGGCCGCCGCUCGCCUCGCUCCAGCCGGGCCGGCCGCGCAACCGCCCGCGCACUUCCAGCCGGCCAAGUACUUCGCGUCGCCGCUGCCCAUGGCUUCGCACGCAGGCAGCAGCCGCCUUGUGAGCAGCUCGGGAGCUGCCCCAUUCAUGAGCAGCUUCCUGACGGGCAGCCUCGGACCCUCGACCCCAGCGCACCCUGGCCCAGCGCCUGCCCCAACAGAGCAGGCCUACCGCGCCUCGCACCCGGCUGCCUCCCACAUCUGGUUCUCCCACUCCCAUGAAGCCCCCGGGUACCCCAGGUUUUCAGGGAGCCUGGCUUCCACCUUCCUGCCCAUGACCCACUUGGAGCACCAUGGAGAGAGCAGCGUCCUCUAUGGGCAGCACCGUUUCUAUGGGGCCCACAAAGAUAACUUCUACCUGCGGGACCUGCCGGCACAGCCCACGCUCCUGGCCGCCAAUCACAACUUCCCAGGCGUGCCCCGCGCCCCUACUAGCCACCCGGUGGGUGCCUGCAGCCGAGAGUGGGGGGAAGCUGGCGCCCUUCCUAAGGGCCCCCCAGAUCCCGACCGCUUCCUCCUGGGCAAAGAGAAGGCCAGCAAGACUGAGGGCAAGGAGCGGCAGGCGGUGGUGGAGACUGGCGACAAGGAGCCGCGGCACCAGCUGGUGCUGGGAGAGGCUGUGCCCCGGGGAUCCUGCGAGGGCCGCCCUAAGCACCUGGCCUCCUGCCUGCUCAGCACCAAGAUGCUGGGUGGCGAGGUGGGCAAGGGGGCGCUGGCGAGCUGCGCCGGGGGCAUGCUGGUGCGGUCCAGUGUAGGCGUGACGGCCCCUGGGCGCUGUGCCAAGGAGGUGGUGGGUCCUGCGGAGUCCGGGCCGGCCUUCAGUGAGUGCCUGGAGCGGCGGCAAAACCUGCACCACGCCGCGCCCUACCCCGGGGCCUCGGCGCUGCCUGCCGGGCCGCCGCCUCUCAGCACGGCCUCCGGACACUUCCCCUGCCUGCAACUGCGCCCGGGCGCCGAGGGAUUGUGCACGGUGCAGGACAAGCGGACCCGGGACCUGAAGGCCAGCGGGGCCACCUUCGUGCCUUCUGUGGGCCACCUAGGCGACAAGACUCACGCCUACCAUGCUGCCGAGGCCUGCGCUGUCAUGGGCGAGGCCAAGGGGCUGCACGUGGAAGGACCAGCCAACCCGCAGCACGCUGCACCCUAUGGGGUCCCCUACGCCCACCUGAAGGCUGAGGGCAAAGGCGAGCGACGGCCGGGGGGCCUGGAUGUGGCCCUUAGUCCGCGGCUUAAGGGCCUGGAGCACCUCCCUGGCACAGGCCCUGACAGCCUCUUCCCAGCGCUCCCCAAAGGUGCUCUGGACAAAAGCGGCUAUUUGGACCUGCCUGCGCCUGCCCCGGACUGCGCCCGGCCGAGCCUCCAGGACCCCCUGGGCAGGAAGGGCCCCCCGGCCUGCUGCACUUUAGACAAGACCCCAGCCAAGGAAGGGUCUGUGGGCACCACGGCGGCCCAGAAGGUGGCCCGGAUCCGCCACCAGCAGCACUGGGCUGCCUCUGAAGGAGAACCGCCAGGUGGCGGCGGGGCCGAGGCCAAGCGCAAGUCCCUGGAGCUGGCUUCUCUGGGCUACAGUGGGUCCCACCUGCCCCCCUGGAGCGUCCAAUCCAGCCAGUCCGGGAUGGCUGUGGGCGAGGAGCGCAAGUCCGGACCCUACCUGGACCCAUUUGGGGGCAGCCUGCAGCCCCCUGGACUCCGGGCCCCAGAGCUGCCCGCCCCGCCCGAGGACGGCUCAGCCAUGAAGAGCCUCCUCAGGUACAGCAACCAGGCCCUGGUGGUCGGACAGAAAACGCCCUUCGUGGGUCUGGGGACACUCAAGGCCAGCUGUGCCCAGCAGGAAGGGAGGCCCCCGGCCCCCAAAGGCCCUGGCCCAGCCCCAGGCGAGGUGGAAAGGCCAGACUGCGCGCGCAGCCGGGGCCACGAGGGCCUGCCCGGAGACACCACUGAGGUCCGGCAGCCGCCCGUGGGCAUCGCUGUGGCCGUGGCCCGGCAGAAGGAUCCCUCGAGCCGGCCUGAGACGGCCUAUGGUGGCGGCACUGGGCGGCAGGGCCGGGUGGCCAACCCCUUCAAAGCCGCCGCUGGGCCACGUCCCUCGCACGCUCUGGACCUGGAGGCCGAGGACGAGAGAACGCGGCUGUGUGAGGACCACCUAGGGCUGGCCAGCCGGGAGCUGCUGCUGCAGGACAAGGAGCUUGUGGACUUCCCCCGGAUCCACCCGUCUGGGAGCUGCCCUGGAGACCUGGCCCCACACCUGGUGAUCGCAGGCGGCUCCUCCCUGCAGGGGGCCCAGCUGUCUGGAGAGCCAGGCCCCCACCCACACCCCACACACGCGCCCUGGCUGCCUCGGACCCGCAGCCCCUCCCUGUGGAUGGGGGGACAUUCCUACGGUCUGGGACACCCCGCCCUGCACCAGAACCUGCCCCCCACGUUCCCCACAGGGGUGCCGGGCUCCAUGCCCCCCGUCUUUCCCCUCUCGCAGGAUGCCCCCGCCCAGCUGGUCAUCCUGCCCUCGGAGCCCGCGCCCCACAGUGCCCCCCACACACUGGCUGACGUCAUGGACCAGGCCUCCCUGUGGCCCCCCGUGUAUGGGGCCCGGGGCCCCGCGCCCCACAUGCAGCACCACGGCCAACUGCCCGUGUACCCCCGCACCCAGUUCCUGCGCCAGGACCUGUACACGCUGCCCACGCAGGCACAGGCGCACCCGCAGCCACGGGCUGCCCAGUUCCAGCGGAAGCCCGAGGACUCGCUGGAGAUGGAGGCACCGCCCGAGAAGCCCCUGAAGCCCAGCCACAAGCCAGUUGCCUUAACCCCUACGACCAGGGGUGCCCCCUCGCCCGCUGCCCCCAACGCCGCCACCACAGGCCCUGCCCGCCUCUCACCCUGCUGCCACUCGCCCGCCCGCAAGGCCCCCACCGGCAGCCCCUCGGCUGGAACUGCCCUGCCUGGCUCUCAGGACCCCCGGGGUGGAGGACGGCGGCCCGACCUCCAUGGCCUGGACCCAGGCCUCGCUGCUGGGUUCACCUGCGCUGAAGCAACGUCUGCCUUCUCCCUGCCGCCCCCCUCACUCGCCUCGGCCCUCCCGGACCCUGACACUAUGCAAAGCACCGGCCCUGGGGAGCCUCCUGAGCCCCCGAGCACCUUCUCCCCUGGGGAGCCACCCCACAGUCCCCGCAGCCUAGAGGAGCCUGGACUGCCCUCGGGGGCCAGGGAGCCCUCCUCGGACCUUGCCAUCACACCCCACCCUGCAGAGCGGGGCUCCCCGAGGCGAGCUACGGACUCCAGCCCCCCAGAGGGGUCUCAGGAGAGGCCGUGUGGGGUCCCCGUCCAGGGCAGCUUGGACAGCCCUGCUCAGGGAGACGCCCUGGGGGGCAGGACCGCGGGGAGUGGUGUGCAGGGCUCACCCCCAGGUGGGGGCCUGCAGGAUGUAGCCCCCGAAGAGGCUGGACCCGAGGAUGAGGAAGACGACAAACACUGGGGGCCACAGCCCCACCUGCUCGGGGCUCUCUCGGGCCUGGACUCCCUGGUGGCUGCCACCAUCAGCCUGGGGGACCUGCCUGUCUCUGACCCUCUGGACCCACCGCCCCCUGCAGUGCCCCCACCCGCUGCAGCACCCUUACCCUCGUGCCCUGGGACCCCUGGAAUCGCCCUCCUCAGUGAGCUGGCUGACCUGGAGCUGCCCCCGCACAGGAGCCUGCAGGGUGAGUCACCGCAGGACGUGCUGGCCUUCAACCUGCAGCGCCUGGCCACGCUCGCCUCGGCCUGGUCGCUGGUGGAGGCUGCAGGCCUGGACCCCAGCACCCCCGCCACGCUGCCCGAGCCAGACCCCAGCAGGGCCCCCACAGUCACCCCACGCAUGCAGAUCCUCCGGCGCAAGGACACGUGGACCCCCAAGAUCAAGCCUGUGUGCCCCCUGAAGGCGGCCAUCGAGCAGCUGGACACACAGGAGGUGGCCAUGCGGGUGCAGCUGGCAGAGCUACAGCGACGCUAUAAGGAGAAGCAGCGAGAGCUGGCGCGUCUGCAGCGCCGGCGGGACCAUGAGCGAGAGGACGGUUCCAGGAGUCCAGCUCGGCGCGGGCCUGGCCGGCCCCGGAAGCGCAAGUUCUGCAGCCUGUUGCCCGGCACCCGGCUCCCCAGGGCAGAGGGCAGGGAGGUCAGGGCCGUGCGUUCCAGCCUGAGCCUGCUGUGUGCGGAGCUGCGGGCUGACGAUCCCCCCACAAAGCGCAGCAAACUAGAGAAGCUACAGUCGGUCUCGGGGGAACGGCUGCGGUUCAAGGGCAGCGCCCAGAGGGAAGCAGCGUCUUCGGCUGCCCCGCGGGAGCCCAAGGCCAGGACUCGGGGGCUGCCCACCAGCCUCAGCCCCUUCCGGAGGAGGGAGGCCCCAGGUGGACGCGUGCGGAAGAAGCCGCCCCGAGCCAGGACCGUGUCUGCAGCAGCACGGGGCCCACAGCCCGGGGCGGAUGCCGGUAGCCGAGCUGCAUCCAAGUUCCCAGCCCGGCUGGCAGUGGGCAGUGCCCAUGGGACAGGCAAUGGCUGUGACAGUGAGAGUCGCGAGGGCUUCCUGGGGUCCGAGCUGGUGCUGCAGGCGACGGCUGGCGUCUCUCCAUCGUCGGUGGUGAAAAUGGAAGCCAACCGCAAGGCCAGGAAGAAGGAGGAACGGCAGGGCCUACUGGGGGCCUGCCGGCUCUCCAGUCCCGACAGCGAGGUCAAGAUCAAGAGGCGGACCGUGAAGGGCAAGGUGGGCUCCAAGCUGGCUCGGGCACCGGGGCGCAGGCCACCAUGCAAGAAGAAAGGCCCAGGACCGACAGUGGCACUGGGGGCCUCGUCCAGGGAUGCCUUGUUUGGCAGCACGCGGGGCUUCUCACGACGGCAGGAGGGCACACUGGCUGGGGAGCGCCUUAAACGGGCAACACGCAAGGGCGCGGCACUGCAGCCGGGCCUGCGGCGCAAGAACGGCGCCCUGACCAUCGCCCUCUCUCCACGCAAUGCCAAGGCCAUCCUGGGGGCCAGGAAGCUGGGCAAGGCCAAGGGCACAGUGGUCCGCCAACAGGGCCCAGGCCGUGCUGUGAGCCGGUUGCUGCAGAGUUUCGCGCAGGACAGAGACUUUCGCUUCGACACCAGCAGCUUCUCAGAGGAGGAGGAUGAGGACGAGGAGGAUGAUGAAGAUGAGGAGGCGGGGCCCCUGAGCGCAGAGCAGAGCGCGGCACUGGCGCGCUCCUGCACCAUCCACGAGGAGGACCUGCAAGACGGGCUCCCGGUGCUCAUCCCCAAGGAGGACCGGCUGCUGUACGCGGGCAGUGUGCGGACUCUGCAACCUCCAGACAUUUACAGCAUCAUCAUCGAGGGCGAGAGAGGAAACCGCCCGCGGAUCUACUCCCUGGAGCAGCUUCUGCAGGAGGCGGUCCUAGACGUGCGGCCUCAGUCCAGCAGAGCCCUCCCGCCGGGCACCAGGGUCUGCGCCUACUGGAGCCAGCAGUCCCGCUGCCUGUACCCUGGAAGUGUGGUUCGGGGUUCAUCCAGCGAUGAGGAGGAAGACCUCGACUCGGUAGUGGUGGAAUUUGACGAUGGUGACACGGGCCACAUAGCCGUGUCCAACAUCCGGCUGCUACCCCCCGACUUCAAGAUCCAGUGCACUGAACCCUCACCUGCCCUGCUGGUGCCCAGCAGCUGCCGCAGAACUAAAAAGGCAGUUUGUGAGGCUCCCCCGCCCAGCGAGGCCUCUGCCCCCAGCCUGUCCCCUAAGACGCUCGAUGGCCCAGAAGCUUGCAAGGUCGCUGGGAAGAAGCCACCCCGGAGAGACAGAGCCGGCAAAGUGGAGCUGCUCAAUUCAGGUGCCAAAGCCCCAUCGGGGGUCUCAGACCACCUCCUGGGCCGGCGCAGUGGCCCCCUGCUGAGCUGGUCAGUGGCUCAGACCAAGCGGAAGGCGGCAGCGGCAGCGGCCAAGGGCCCAGGCAUCCUGCAGAACCUCUUCCAGCUAAAUGGCAGCGCACGUCGGCUACGGGCCCGUGAGGCCUUGUUCCCAGUGCACAGCGUGACCGCGCCCGUGUUCGGCACUGGCUUCCGAGCCGACUCCUUCAGCAGCCUGGCCAGCAGCUAUGCACCCUUCGGUGGCGGCACGACCACUGCCCAGGGCCUCCCCGGGGGCGCCCAUAGGCUGCUGCGGGCCAAGAAGGCAGAGCGGGCCGAGGCUGAGAAAGGCGGGCGGCGGCGGGUCGGGAGCGAGUUCCUGGUCAAGCUUGACCACGAGGGAGUGACCUCCCCAAAAAACAAAGCCUGCAAGACGCUGCUGGCAGGCGACAAGGGACUGGCACCCAAGCUGGGGAGGCCACCAGCCAGCCCCAGCUACACACACCCAGCACUGCUGGCCAAGGACCGGAAGGGCCGGGCGCCCAUCCACCCGCUGCCCAUGGGGCUGGCCCUGCGCAAGUUCUCGAGCCAGGCCGAGUUCCCGCUGCCCUGUGACAGUGACUGCCACAGCUCCUAUUCGGACGAGGAGGAGGAGGAUGCACCCGGGCUGGCUCCCGGCGUGCCUGCACGCUUCCUAGCCCGCCUCUCCGUCUCGUCCUCAUCGUCCGGCUCGUCCACCUCCUCGUCGUCCGGCUCCCUGUCCACCUCCAGCCUCUGCUCCUCUGACGACGGCUCGUCCUGCAGCUCCGACGAGGACGAGGACCCGACCCUGCUUCUCCCACGCUGUCUCUCGCACCCUGUGCCCACCCUCCUGGCCCAGCCCGAGGCCCUUCGGCCCAAGAGCAGCGGCCCCCACGCCCACCCUCAGCGAUGCUUUCUGUCCCGAGCUGCGGUGGCGGGCGGAGCGGCAGGCUCUGGCCCCAGCGGGGGCGGGAAGGCCGGGCUCAAGCGCAAGGAGGCCUUGAGCUUCUCCAAAGAGCUGCCCCGGAGGCAGCGGCUACCGUCUGUGGAGAACCGGCCAAAGAUCUCCGCCUUCCUGCCCGCCCGGCAGCUCUGGAAGUGGUCUGGGAGCCCCACGCAGCGCCGCGGCAUGAAGGGCAAGGGCCGGAAGCUCUUCUACAAGGCCAUCGUGCGCGGCAAGGAGACGCUGCGCGUGGGCGACUGCGCCGUCUUCCUCUCGGCCGGGCGCCCCAACCUGCCCUACAUCGGCCGCAUCGAGAGCAUGUGGGAGUCGUGGGGCCGCAACAUGGUGGUCAAGGUCAAGUGGUUCUACCACCCGGAGGAGACGCGGCUGGGCAAGAGGCAGAGCGACGGCAAGCACGCCCUGUACCAGUCUUGCCACCAGGACGAGAACGACGUGCAGACUAUCUCCCACAAGUGCCAGGUGGUGGCGCGCGAGCAGUACGAGCAGAUGACGCGGGGCCGCAAGUGCCAGGACCGGCAGGACCUGUACUACCUGGCGGGCACCUACGACCCCACCACCGGCCGCCUGGUGACGGCCGAGGGCGCGCCCAUCCUGUGCUGA